GUCACUUCCUGCUGUGAGCUGCAUCAUGGCGGUGUCCGUGACAGAUCUGGCACAUUGACUUCGCCUGGAGGAGUGCAAUUUACCCUCGUCUUAAACCGCUCCGGGGACAUUUUUCUGUAAAUGACCUGAACGGAAAUUUUCAUCACUGAAUAUUUAAUAAACUAAAUAGCAGAUCAUGGCGCUCCACAGACUGUCCUUCAGACUGCGGCAAACGGUAACACAUGUAAGGUCCCUUCAUACCAGUGGAUGUGGGCAGCAGCAGGAAGCUGUGGCUGUAGAGUCAGAACAUGAGCCCUUCUCAGUUUUCAGAACGCGGGAGAAUGAUCCGGCGUGCCAAUCAGAGAAUCAUAUCGGACAGUAUUACACGCUGCCCUCCGCACACGUCCGCACUCUGUUCCCUCAAACCCUCCCUCGGCGCUAUCAACAACAGGUGAAGACGUUUAAUGAAGCCUGUAUGAUGGUGAGGCAGCCAGCUCUAGAGGUCAUCUCUUACCUGAAGAAAGCCGACUACAGCAAACCUCCUCUGCGGUAUUUAUUCUAUGGGUUGAAGGGCAGUGGGAAGACAAUGUCUCUCUGUCACACAGUCCACUUCUGCUACACACAAGGAUGGCUGGUGCUGCAUGUUCCUGAUGCUCACCUCUGGGUGAAGAACUGUAAGGAGCUGCUGCCCUCGUCCUAUAACACAGCUCGCUUUGAUCAGCCGUUACAAGCCGCUGAAUGGUUACGCACUUUCAGAACCACCAAUCAGCACUUCCUUUCAAAGAUAAAGACAAAGCAGCGCUAUGUGUGGACAAAGAGGGAGUUCACUGAGGAGGGAUGUCUACUUGGAGAGCUGGUGGAUCAGGGUAUAGCUCGUGUGAAGAGCAGCAGUGAUGUGGUGGGGGCGGUGAUGAAGGAGCUGAGGCUGCAGAGCGGGCAGCCAGAGUCAGUCUUCCGCUUGGCCGUGGCUGUGGAUGGCGUCAACGCCCUGUGGGGAAGAUCCACCAUCAAGAAGGAGGAUAAGAGCCCCGUGGAUCCAGAGGAGCUCACUUUGAUUUAUAACCUGAGGAAGCUGAUGGCGAACGACUGGACUGGCGCCAUCAUCACCACUCUGUCUCAGACGGGGUCUCUCUUCACUUCAAAAUCUGCCUACUUGCCUCAAGAGCUGCUGGGAGAGAAGGGGUUCGACAGCAUGGACCCGUUCAUCCCGGUGUCGGUGCCCAACUACAGCGAGAAGGAGUUUGAGAGCUGUUACCUCUACUAUUUGGACCGCCACUGGCUGCAGCACCCGCAGAGUCGGACAGAGGAAGGGAAGAAAGAAAUCAUCUUUUUGAGCAACAGAAAUCCAAAGAUGUUGGACAGAAUAUGUGCCUCCUUGUGAAGUUACAUAAAGACUUAAAUCUCUCUCUCACACACACACACACACACACACACACACACACACACGCUCACUCACUCAUACAAAUAUCAGUGUCCUACAACUACAUAAACAUACAAAUAUCAGUGUCUAUAAUAUCUGUAAAUUAUGAUGCAUGUGUGUAACUUUGAUAACAAAAUGUCAAAUAAAGUUAAAAA